AUGUCCAAAAUAAAUUUCAAAUUAUUAGAAGAAUUAGAGAAAGGUGAGAAAGGUCUAGGCGCAGAGUCCAUUUCGUACGGGUUGACCAAUCAAGAUGAUAUAACAAUGACUUACUGGAAUGGAACCAUCAUUGGCCCACCACACUCGAACCAUGAGAACAGAAUAUACUCGUUAAAGAUCAUAUGCAAUGAAAACUACCCCGAUAAACCUCCGAAGGUUCAAUUCAUCAGUAAAAUCAAUUUGCCCUGUGUGGACUCGAAUGGAAAUGUUGUUGUUUCUGAGUUCGAUACCUUGAAAAACUGGAAGAGAUCGUACACUAUGGAGACGGUGUUGUUGGAGUUGAGAAAAAGCAUGGCAUCGCCAAAUAACAAGAAGUUGCCACAACCAGAAGAAGGAUCCACGUAUUGA